CCUUACCUUACCUUAGCUUCUGGCCACGACGACCAUGUCAUCGUUAAUGUCCAUUUCCCACAACCUUAAACCCACCAUCUUGGUUUCCCCUUCUCUGCACCACCCUUCCUCUUUUCCAUUCCCAUUAUCUUUCAAACCACCCUUCUCUGCUUCCCAUUCUCUAAUCCUCACCCGAAGACUCUUCCUUCCUUCUGUUUCCGGCAUCUGGGACGCCAUCACCGGUGGCAAUAACAAUGCCCGUGAAGCCGUUCUCGCAAUCCGACGCGGAAUGUCUCUCUUUCGCCAGGGUGAUGUUUCGGGUUCUGUUGAGGAGUUCGACAAGGCAAUUCAGCUGGACCCUCGUCAAAAGGCGUAUCUUUGGCAAAGGGGCUUAUCACUUUACUACCUUAACCGUCCAAAGUCAAAGGAGUGUGGGCUAGCAAAAUCCAAAUUGGAUCUGAAAGUAUCUGAAUUGGACCCCUUUUGCCGUAGAUUUGAUGAGGGAGCUGAGCAGUUUCGGUUAGAUGUUGCGCAAAAUCCAAAUGACACUGAAGAGUCCAUAUGGUGCUUUCUGUGUGAAGCUCAAUUGUAUGGAGUGGAUGAAGCAAGGAAGCGGUAUCUUGAGGUUGGCACAGACCCAAGGCCAGUCAUGCGGGAAGCAUAUAACAUGUUUAAAGAUGGUGGGGAUCCUGAAAAGCUUGUAGCUGCAUUCUCUGGUAGCAGAGAAGGUGAAUAUUUUUAUGCUUCGUUAUAUGCUGGACUUUAUUACGAAUCUCAGAACCAAGCAGAUGCUGCUAAAGUUCACAUAGUUGCGGCAUGCCAGUCUUCUUAUGGACAAAGGUCUGAUGAUUAUAUGGCUUCUCUCUCCAAGGUUCACUGUCUCUGUCGAAAUUGGGUCUUCAACUAAAAUAUUUUCCAGUGUUUCCAUUGCGUAUGAUGAAGCUGAUUCAUAAGUUUCUGUAUACACUACUCACAGCAUCUUGUGAGUUAUUAUGUUACUGGAACAGAUAAAAGAUUUUAUCAUAUUCCUUUAUCUUUUCACUUGAUUCUGUGGCCUACAUGAAUUGGCACACGUGCCUUGUUGAAUAUGAAUUCAAAUCAUCUGUCAUUUCUCUA